CAGUCGUCAAGCGGAGCAAACGUUAUUUUUAGAAUCUUGUAUUUCUCCCCGUUUUCUUUGUCAUUCCACACCGAGAAGUUGGUGAGCACGGUGGGUAUUUUCACAUCACACACAUUUCUUGCACCUCCCCCUCAGCGAGGCGUCCGUGUUGAAUGAGAAGACAUCGUGGGUCGGGGGAGUUGUGUAGUGAUAAAAGUGUGUCACGAAUGCGACGCGUGCAUUCGCCAGUGUCACUGCCACAACUACCAGCACCAUCAGGCAUCAUCGGGAAAGUGUGGCUGGUGGAGGACGUGCGACCGUGGUCGCUGAGGAGGAAUUGGAACGGCGGCCGAUGCUAUCAGCCGUAGAGAGUCACCUGGGGCCCAGCCGGGCGUACGCGCAUCCGUUUGUGGGUCCCACGGUUACAGCACUCGUACCCAAUUGCCAUACGAUCUCAUCAUUUCCACCCCUCAAUACCCCGCCGGUCAGCAUGUCGGCGGCGGAAUUUGCUAGGCCACAACCAAAAGCUAGGUACAAUGGCAGCAGUUUGUCAUCCCGGAGUGCUUUGGCCACAUCACCGCGUUCCAAGUAUAUGGAACAGACGGGUCCGGUGAAUUUAGCCGUAGGGUCGGGUAGUGCGAGCCCACAUUCACCCAAGAUGGACACACUGCCACCACCACAGGCGACUCCACAGCAACCGCCAUUGAUGUACGAUGCGGCUGCUACAUUUUCCCAGCCCCUCAACUACUCAGGAAUCUACGGGAGGGCAGCGGCCAGCCUGUACGGCCGGACGGGUCUCUAUCCGUUGCACCAUCCACUAGCUGCACCGCCAAGUCGUGCUCAUGGCACAUACAUAGCGCCCCAGCUGGACUACCACACGGCACCCUUUUUGCCGUCUGUGCCAUUCUCCCCGGCGCCGACGGGUCUACCGCCGCCACCCGCUGAGACGCCACCAGGUGCUUCGAUUCUCAAGAAAACACCCACCGCGAAUGCGUUCAGUGUGCCCAAGGAGACAAAGAAUAGUGUCAGCUUCAAAGUGCCAUCCGGCAAGGAGGGUUCCCUCAAGCACAGGAUCCUUACGAGGCCCUACAGUGAGUCAAGUAAGAGGAAAUCCCCCAGCCGAACAAUCCCAUCGACUGUUGUCAGCAGCACGACAACGGUGAAACCAAACUUCAGCCGAGGCGUCCUUAUUGAUUUGGGCAAUGGAGAGAUGCGCCGGGUUGAGGAUAUGCGAACUGAAGACUUUAUUGCAUCCUCAUCAAAGACACCCGGAUUGGAGUUGGUGGAUUCAACGGUGGUGAAGAUCUCUCCAGCAGGAAGCGACGUGGUCGUGACGCUAAAUUGUGUGAAGCACAAAUCAAAGGUUCACCUGAGUGUCUACCCGGAGCACCCAUUCUACGUGUACCGUCAGGGUUGGGCUUCGUGCAAUCCCGAGGGCACCCUCCGUGUCCAUGGCUUGAAGUGCCAUCAAUUGCAAGUGGGUGAUGUGUGUAUUUCGCUACGUCAGAAGGAUGCCACUCCGUCUGGUGUUCCGGAAAUCGUUGCUGUCCCCGAGGCUGGUACGCGGGAACCACCAAAUCUCCCAUCGCCACCGGUGCAGCAGCAACCGCAGAAUUUGAGCCGCAAGGCCACCCAGCAAAUUGAGGGGGUGACCUACCAUCCAAAGUAUCGUAGUACAAGUGGCAUCGCCAGCCAAAUGGACAAUCCACCGCCUCAGAGUGCAUCCACGACCAUUAAUCAUAGUAUUCAGAGCAUUGUGAUGAGCAUCAAUGACGAUCAGAGGCGCUAUCAGCAGCAUUUCCAUCCAUUGCACCACACCUACUACAAUCCCCACGAGAUGGUGCCGCGUCCCGAUGAUGCUGCUCAGGAGUCAAAGAAGCGACGCUGGUCGGCACCUGACAACAUUCACGAGGAGGAGGGCUUCACUGGGGCAUAUCCACCACCACACAAACUUGCUAGUCACUGAAUUUCUCAUACAGAGAGAAACGGAGUUUAGGUAAGGGUUUCUGUUUGAACGUUUCCUUUCCACGGGAAGGGGGACCCUUCUCGGUAUUCUCUUUCGGUUGGAUCAAUUGCCACGAGUUUCCACAAACAUAUACCUACAUAGAACAUAAAAUACAGAGAAAUAAGAGAAGAAAUCUUGCAAGGAGAAUUGAGGAUUGCUCGUGAGUUUUCUGGCUGAUCUCUUCUAGCCCAUGGCGAGGAGCAAAGGCAAAAUUGGAUGAAUUUAAGGAAGAUUUUAUUGACCUUCUUUCUAUCGAUCUAUUGGUUUAUUUUAUCACAAGGGAAUUUUUGGAUUACAGGGUGAGAUGAAUUUUCUAGGAAAAUUUACUUUCAUACAUUUUUUUUUAAAGACUUUUCCUCUUAAAUUUGUCUGAAAUGUUUCAAAUACCUACCUUUGAAAAAAAUCUUAAUUCUUCAAGGGGAGAUUAAAAAAAUCAUUCAAAAUGGUAUUCCGUCGAAUUAAGGGUAAUUAGUAUUUGAAAAAGAAUUACUAGAACAAAUUUUCUCAAUUAUUCAAGUUUGAAAAACAAUUUUUUUGUUCAGAAAAAUUAUUUUUUAAAUAAUUUUUCAAGUAGAACUUUAAAUACCAAUGAAUUCUUACAUGAUGAAGGGAUUAAAGAACGGAUUAAACAUACCUGAAGAUAAUAAAAAAUUAAGGAUAUGUACCCCAAAAAAGACUCAAUAUCAAAUAAAAGUGAAAAAAUAAGAAAAAUGAAAAGAAAAAUUCCUUUGCAAGACCUCAAAAAAUCUUCCGCAAGAUUUCUCAUCAAAAUAGAUAAGAAAAUAGUAAUAAAAAAGAGAAAUAUUUCAUAAAAUAAUCAAACAACGGAUAAUAAAAUCAAUUUGCUGGACCUCCAUUUAGAAUGGUUGUGUUUUUUUCAAAGAACUAAUGCGUCAAUAUGCUAACAAAUUUCACACAUGUAGAAUAAAUCAUGAAUAAAAUGAAAUAUAAAAAAUGAAGAAAUACUUUAAAUAGAAAAAAAACACGAGACAACUACCUCAAGUUGCAAAGUUAUUUCAUGAAGAUUUAAAGAGAAAUUUUAUAAAAUAAAUUUUUAAAAAAAAGAAUGUGGACAAUGGAGCACGUGAAGGAGAAAAACAAACACUUAAUGUUUUAUUAUUUUGUGUAUAAAUUAUAUAUUUGAAUGAAAAAAAGAAUAUCGAUCUCAUUUAUAUUUGUAGUGUUUUUGUUUUCUUUUUUUUUUAAACACCGAAAGCCAGUCUUUUUUUUCUCUUUAAUUCUAACGCUGCUUUUCUCUCAAAUUGCAAAAGAAAAUAGCAAAAGAGAGAGAGAGGCUCGAGGGGAUUAAAGGAAAUAUUUAAUUAAUUUUUUUUUGAGCAAUCCACAUUUUAACUCAAAGUGCAAAAAUUGAUUUUAUUUUCUUUCUUUUAGUGAGGGAAUUUUGAAAGAAAAAAAUCACAUGAAAAGGAUUGAGAGAGAGAGCCCAAAAGAGGGGGAACGUCGCGGAGAAAAAUACAAAAUGAUUGUGCCUUUAUUUUUCAUUAUUUAAUUUCUUUUUGAAUUAUUUUUUAAAUGUAAAAAAAACCUCUCCAAAAUGUUUGAUUUUCAAUCCAUUUUCAUUCGAAGCAAAAAAAAAAAACUUCUCACAAGAAAAGGUUUGAAGAGAGAGAUAAAGAAUCUAUAUUGGAAAAUAAUGCUAUAUAUUAAAGAAUAAUCCGUACAAUUGCUGUAUUUUCUUUUCAUUUACUAGAGAUUGUGGAGAAGAAAAAGAAAGUUUGUUGUGCAAAAGAUGUCUUUAAAAAAAAUGGAGUAAGAAUAUAAAAUUUACCUAAUAAAGAAAAUAUUGGCUCCGUCUGCUGUAAUAAUUGUUUUCUCAUGUAAAAAAAUGUGAGAAUAAAUAGAAUAAAAAAUUUUUAAAUGUAAUAAAACCCAAAAUAGGAAUAUUUAAAAGAAUUUUGCAAGAAAAAAAAAUGUGCAAAGAUGUUUAAUGGGGAUUGAAAUACAAAAAAAAAAGAAAAAAUCACGAAGUUAGAUUUGUAAAUAUUUGUGAUAUUAUUUAAUGAGAAAAAAAAAAUUAAAAAUGUGAAGAAUUUUCAUGAGAAAAAAAAUUAUAUGAAUUUUAUAUAUUUAGCCAAGAAAAAUGAAGUAAAAUUUUACUUUCAUUGAAUUGAUGAGAAUUCUCAAAAAAAAAAUCACUGGACUUUGCAAAUGAAACAAAAGAAGUAAAAUUUUAAAAGAAAACUUAUUGAGUAUCGUAAAAAGAAACUAAUUUAUGUAAAUAGAAAUCAUAUUAUGAAAAGAGUUUAGGAAAACAGGAAUUAAAAAUUUUCUCUGCAAGAGAACAAAUUGCAAUUGAGGGAGUAAAGAGAAAAAAAAAAUAAACGAAGAAAAUGUUGGAAAAAUUAUAUUCUUGAAAAUAUUUUUGUAUUGUUGUAGAGAAGAAAAAGAAAUUAUAUAUUGUAUGUAACAAUUUGAGAAAAAUUGAGACAAGAAACAAAAUAUAAAAUAUUCAAAAUGCUGAAAUAAAAAGAAGAAAAUAUAUAAAGUUAUUGAAAAAGAAAAA